GGGCGGCUGAGGGGAGCCGCGUCCAGAGGCGGCCCGUGGGGGCGGCCAUGGCCGAGGAUUACUGGGACUCGCCAUAGCAGAAGCCGCUGCCAAGUGACGCUAGCAAUUUCCCCACCAUGGAUCGAAUGAAGAAGAUCAAGAGGCAGCUGUCCAUGACGCUGCGGGGGAGCAGGACAGUGGAGAAAAACCUCAACGAACCCAUCAACAUAGAGGAAAAUAACAGCAGCGAUAAUGGCCCCACAGUGAAGAGCGUGCGCCCCGGCACCUCCCGCAGCGUUCACGCCUUCCUGCACCAAUACGCAGGCACCUUCCGCAGGCCUCGCCUGGCCAUCAGCCGCAGUCUGAGCACUCACCUGAACCGCACCGCCCGACUAGAAAUCGUCCACGAGGACCUCAAGAUGGGCUCAGAUGGCGAGAGCGACCAAGCGUCAGGGACGUCGUCAGACGAGGUGCAGUCUCCAGUCCGGGUGCGCAUGAGGAACAACCCAGCGCGCAAGAUUUCCACUGAGGACAUUAACAAGCGCCUGUCGCUCCCGGCCGACAUCCGCCUGCCCGAAGGCUACUUGGAGAAGCUGACUCUCAACAGUCCCCUCUUCGACAAGCCCCUCAGCCGGCGGUUACGGAGAGUCUCACUGUCGGAGAUCGGUUUCGGGAAACUGGAGACGUACGUCAAGUUGGAUAAGCUGGGAGAGGGGACGUAUGCUACCGUCUACAAGGGAAAGAGUAAACUCACGGACAACCUGGUGGCCCUGAAGGAGAUCCGCCUUGAGCACGAGGAGGGGGCACCUUGCACAGCCAUCCGGGAAGUUUCACUUCUAAAAGAUCUCAAACACGCCAACAUAGUGACUCUGCAUGACAUCAUCCAUACAGAGAAAUCCCUCACGCUUGUCUUCGAGUAUUUAGAUAAAGACCUGAAACAGUACUUAGAUGAUUGUGGCAAUGUCAUAAAUAUGCACAAUGUGAAGCUAUUCCUCUUCCAGCUGCUGCGUGGCCUUGCCUAUUGCCACCAUCAGAAGGUGCUGCAUCGAGACCUCAAACCCCAGAACCUGCUUAUCAAUGAAAGAGGGGAGCUCAAACUAGCAGACUUUGGGCUGGCCCGGGCAAAAUCCAUUCCCACCAAGACCUACUCCAAUGAAGUGGUGACGCUUUGGUACCGACCCCCUGACAUUCUGUUGGGCUCGACGGAAUAUUCCACGCAGAUCGACAUGUGGGGCGUGGGCUGCAUAUUCUACGAGAUGUCCACAGGACGGCCGCUUUUCCCAGGUUCCACCGUUGAGGAGCAGCUGCACUUCAUUUUUCGGAUAUUGGGGACACCUAAUGAAGAAACGUGGCCUGGAAUCCUGUCCAAUGAGGAAUUCCGAACCUACAAUUACCCCAAAUAUCGCUCUGAGGCCCUGAUCAACCAUGCUCCUAGGCUGGAUAAUGAUGGGGCCGACCUCCUGGGGAAGCUGCUGCAGUUUGAGGGCAGAAAGCGGAUCUCCGCGGACGAUGCCAUGCGGCACCAGCUCUUCCACAGUCUGGGGGAGAGAGUCCUCAAACUCCCGGACACCACAUCAAUAUUUGCACUAAAAGAGAUUCAGUUACAGAAAGAGACGGGGCUGAGAUCGGCUUCCCUGCCUGAAUCAGUGAACGGGCAGAAUGGACGACCGAGCCUGCUGCUUUGAACACCCCCUUGGAUCUGGGUUGUUGGGGCAGAAAAUAAACCAGCUCCCCCACCCUGGGCACACCCCAACUGCCGGCUUCUUUGUGUCGAACUGUGGAGCGAGGACUCGUGCUGGGAAUUUCACAGGGGCGCGGUGGGGUGGGGGUCACAACGCCCUGGAGCCGAGGAUAAGCGCCUCCGACCCCUGGCGUCAGAUGGCCGGGAACUGAUAACCCUCCGCUGCUGGGAUAGACCCUCCCUCCCUU